GAAAAAGAUUCUAACUUGUCGAUGUCGUAUUAAGAAAAAAUGUGCUGAUUUAAACAGUUUUUAAUGCUUAAAAGUGUUAAAAUAUAAUUAAAUGAGCAAAGAAUUAUUGAAUAUCAGAAAAAUAUUAUUAGCUGGUGAAAAGUAAACAAAAUUGUUACAAAAAUAAACAAAAACCCCGAUAAGGGGAUACUAAAGAAAAAAAAGCCACCAACAAAGUGAUUGACCUCGAGUUAAAAGCAGCAGAAAAUAAUAUAAGAAAAACAUACAGUACAACAAUAAAAAAAAAAAGAAUACCAACCAAGUGAAGCAACAAUUUCUAUGAUUGUGUGAGCUGGUGGUAUGUGUUUGUUUUUUUUAAUUUUUAUGGAGUACUGUGAGUGGCUGAACUAGAAAACAAGUGCUCGCCUUACUUGACUGCCUGCAUAGAGCAGAGCUUAUAGUGGCUGACGGACGGACGGACGUGCUCUGGCACAUCUUUAUGUUGAGGGGGGAAAAGAAAAAGGUCAAGAAUUUCAGUUAAUACAGCGACAAAACAGCGAGAUCCGUAUGUGUGCAUGCAUGUUUUGUUAAUUGUUCAACAAUUGAGCAGCACAGCACAUACAUAUUUGAAGAGAAACAACAAUUGCAAUAACAAAUUAGCCAGGUAAACCUGAAAAAGGUGAGCAGCAUUUGUGGCAGCAGGAGACGGAAGUUCGGGAGGGGGCUUAAAUAGCUCCGACAAUGGGCACAAGUAGUUUUCAAGCUGAAGAUAACAAAUUAUUUGUGAAUCUUAAUAUUCAGCCGACAAGUAGUGGAGGUGGUAUUGUUGGUGGCAGCAGUACCCCGUCAACGUCCAACAAUAUGAAUGUGGAAUUAUGUUUGGUAUGCGGAGAUCGUGCCUCGGGACGUCACUAUGGAGCCAUCAGUUGUGAAGGAUGCAAGGGGUUCUUCAAGCGUUCGAUACGCAAACAGUUGGGUUACCAGUGUCGCGGUGCAAUGAAUUGCGAGGUCACCAAACACCAUCGCAAUCGUUGCCAGUUUUGCAGAUUGCAAAAAUGUUUGGCCAGCGGCAUGAGAAGUGAUUCUGUACAACAUGAAAGGAAACCUAUUUUGGAUAAAAAGGACCCAAAUGCUGCCACAUCGGCGGGACAAACAACAGCACAGGCUCUAACUGUUGGUGGAGGGGGAGGAGUAGGAGGUAGUGGUGUGAAAUCAACAAAUGCUAGUCCACAAUUUCAACAACGAACGAAAUCUUCCUCAUCCUCAUCAAUAUUUAAUCACAACCUAAAUGCAGCAGCUGCAGCGGCAGCAGCUUCCAAUACUGCUGCUGCUUUUGCUUUGGAUACUAGUAAUUUAGCUGCUCCAGAAAUAUUUGGUUUAAAUUUUGCCGAACUAACACAAACAUUAAUACAACAAGCUCAACAGCAGCAGCAGCAGCAACAACAACAACAACAGCAGCAGCAGCAACAACAACAUCAGUUAACAAAUCAAGUUUCUACAAAUGCUGGCAAACAACCCCUGCAUUACUCACCUGAACCCAAACAUCUUUUGCCGGACAACGAUUUGGAUGAUGAUGAAGACGACAGCGACUGUAUUGACAUUGAUGGUUUACGCAACUUUGCCAAUGCCGCCUCCAACAAUAGCAGCAAUAAUAACCAGGAGGCCAUUGAUUAUGCCAUAACAAUGGGUUUGCGCAACUUUGCCAAAACGGUGAUAAACAAUAAUAAUCAAAAUAUUAAUUUUAACAUGGAUGCCUUGACGCCCAAUCCCACACCAGCUGUGGGCCUAAUACAAAACUCCUUAGAUAAACGGGUCAUUGAUAAGGCUUUGCAAAUGCUGCAUCCAAUUAAGCAGCAAUUAGAAACUCAAAUGGCCAAUGAAGACAAUGGCUUAAUAAUCAAAAAUGAACUAAACGAUGACGAUGAUAUGGGUGAAACUAGUGGCAAUGAAGAUGAGUUUAUAACAGACUGUAUGGAUUUGGAAGAGCAACAAAAUCAAAGAGACUUUGUCAUAAAUGAGUCUAUAUUUGAGAAUGACUUAAUAUCUCCCAGCUAUGCGAGUUUUAAUUUACAAACACCCAAUUUGGUGUCGUCCUAUUUCAAUGUCCAUUAUGUUUGCGAGUCCGGUUCACGCAUUAUAUUCUUGACUGUGAUGUGGCUACGUAAAGUACAAGCAUUUGUGGAUUUGUCUCAACGCUCUCAAAUCAUUUUAUUGCGCAGUGCCUGGCCCUCUUUGCUGGCCCUUGCUGUGGCCCAGGUACGCAAACUGUCGCAAAGUACCAUUGUCAAUACCCUCAUUCAUAAUGUACGCCAACUGUCCGAUAUAGAAAAAAUCGAUCCACAAAGAAUCAAAAAACUAAGUGAACACAUAGCUCGUUUAAAUUCCUUUAUUCAAGCUAUUCAAGCCCUUGAACCUUCCGACAUGGAAUACGCUCUCCUACGUUUGGCCUGUCUCUUUAAUCCCCAUGCGUUUUUGAGACGCAAAGAACAGUCGGUGCGCGUUUACGUGCAACGUGUCCAGCAGUAUGUUCUAAGCAGUCUGCGCAAAUUGAUUGUAUCUCAAGAUUUACCCGCCUACGAAGCUGAGGAACGUUUUAAUAGUUUAGUUCUCAACCUGAUGCCGUUGAGUGCCUUUGAGUCAGACUCUAUUGAGGAUUUAUUCUUUUCAAAUCUAGUGGGGCAAGUGCAAAUUGACAAUAUGUUACCGUAUAUUUUAACACUGAGUAGCAGUGUGGGAAACUUUAAUUGUUAAGUUUAUUUUUAUUUUUUUUUAUUCUCCUAGAUCUAUAAUGUUGAUGUUUAUCGUUUAUCUUUUUUUUUUUCUUUUUGUAUCUUUUUACUAGACUGAUAAAUAAAUAUAUGACUAUAUAUUAUACAUAUUAUAUUGAGUAUAAAGUGUGUGCGUUAAGCACUUUAAAUAGUUAUAGAUUUUAUGUAUUUUGGUUGAACAUUUUUAAGAAAAUAUUCUUAUGUAUGUCAAUGAUUCUUUUAGUAUUAUAUAAAAGAAUCUUUAUGAUUUAUAUGUUAAAAUUUAAAUAAUAAAAAAAAAUAAAGAAUUUAAAAUAAAUGAAAGAA